CGUACGUCGCUCUGGAUUCGACUCCGUCCGACUCAAGAUGAUCCUCCCUACGCUCCUGCGAACCGCUCGUCGUCAGAAUAGGGCCCUCUCCACCGUCCAGCAGUCUGCGGGUCUACGCGCCUUUUCCACACCCGCGCGCAACCCCGCCCACGCCUCCUGGACGGAAGAUGACAAAGCUUACUUCCAGCAGCUACUCAAACCCGAGAGCGUGCUCACCGACGUGGAUGACACCGAGACCUACACGGUGGACUGGCUUAAGAAGUACAAGGCACAGAGCAACCACCAGAUGGUGCUUAAACCCAAGACCACAGAGCAAGUUUCAGCCAUCCUCAAAUACUGCAACGAGCGUAACCUGCCAGUUGUGCCACAGGGAGGCAACACGGGUCUCGUGGGAGGCAGCGUGCCGGUUUACGACGAGAUCGUGCUAUCCACGAGCUCAAUGAACAGCGUGAUCUCGUUUGACGAGGUGUCGGGCAUUUUGGUGUGUGAGGCUGGCUGUAUCCUGGAGAACCUGGACAACUACGUAGCCAAGCACGGCUACAUGAUGCCGCUGGAUCUUGGAGCCAAAGGAACGUGUCAAAUUGGUGGCAAUGUCGCGACCAAUGCUGGUGGUCUUCGACUGCUAAGGUAUGGAUCUCUGCACGGAACGGUGUUGGGUAUUGAGGCCGUACUUGCGGACGGUACAGUGAUCGACUGCCUCAGCACGAUGCGCAAGGACAACACGGGCUACGACUUGAAGCAGUUGUUCAUCGGCUCUGAGGGUACGCUGGGUGUGGUAACCAAGGUGUCGAUUUUGACGCCUCCACGCUCGUCCUCAAAGAAUGUCGCCCUUCUGGCUUGCGAAGACUUCGCAUCAGUUCAGAAGGCUUUCGUCGAGGCCAAGAAACACUUAGGAGAAGUCCUGUCAGCAGUGGAGUUUAUGGACCGCCAAUCUCUCGAUAUGGUGCUGUCGCAACAAGACUGGACGAAAGAUCCGCUCGAGACUCCAAGUCCGUAUUACGUGUUGAUCGAGACAUCGGGUAGCAAUGCCAAUCAUGACAUGGAGAAGCUGAACGAGUACCUAGAGGGUGUCAUGGGAUCUGGCGUCGUAGUUGACGGUACAGUGGCUCAAGACGAAGCGCAAGCACGAAAAUUGUUCUUGAUCCGUGAAGACAUCACCGUUGCACUUGCGGCGCGUGGGUACGUGUACAAGUACGACGUGUCCUUGCCGAUUGAACAGUACUACAAAAUUGCAGAGGAAACUCGGGAAAGACUCGCUCCGACGGAUGCUAAGGUGGUAUGUUACGGUCACAUUGGCGACUGCAAUGUUCACCUGAACAUUUCAACUCUAAAGUACGAUGAACAAGUGUUCAAUGCGUUGGAGCCGUUCGUCUUCGAGUGGACAUCCAAAUACCGUGGAAGCAUCAGUGCUGAACACGGCAUUGGCACACACAAACCCGAGUACCUUCACAUGUCCAAGUCUGACAACGCCAUUAAGCUCAUGCAACAGAUGAAGCACAUGAUGGACCCCAAGGGGAUACUAAACCCAUACAAAGUACUUCCCGAGGCCAAGUAAACCGAGAACCAUGUACAUCUGCCUCGUGAAUAAACAGCCCUUGUCUCUAGAUUCUCCAGCACUACUGGCUCAUACAUGUCUGAGCACUAAACUUAACUGAAUUCCGUCGCGAGCUCGAGAUUUAAAUACGAGACGUCGACGCCGCCGAGAAUCCGUUCUUGGAGUUCAUCUUCGUUCUCGCCUUGAAGAGUCAAGUAGAGAUGCAUUUGCAGGUAGCUAGCCCAGCUCUGACACAUCGACCCAAUGUACUGUGCCGCUGUGCUGGAGGCUACAUCCAAGUCCAGUUCGAAGUAGUUGCUACGACAGAAGUAGCGCUGCGUUAGUUUGUUACCAGUGAGUGCUGGACGGUUGGGCACCAGCGUCUGCAGGAUCCACGGACCUUCUACAAGGUUCGGGAUGAGCUUGAAGCGAUUGUUACGAAAGUCGUCGUCUCCUUCGUCACAGAAUCGGUUGAAUAAACGGUGGAAAGCUGCCGUGCCUUCCUCUUCUGGAUUCUUCGGUGCAGGUGGUAUGAGCCAAUAGAUCACGAUGCUCAGAUUGUCCGUGUUGGGCAAUUCAAUAUUGACGAUAAACACUCGGG